GAGGAGGGGCCGCCGCCGCCGCAUCAAAGAGACCGAAUUCCCGCGGCCUGGGGGGGAGUCAUGCUUCGCGGUCUGUAAUGUCAGCGGAACAGGAGAAGGAUCCCAUUUCGCUGAAGAGAGUUCGAGGUGGUGAUAGUGGACUGGAUGGGUUAGGAGGACCAGGUGUACAACUAGGAAGCCCAGAUAAGAAAAAAAGGAAGACAAAUACACAGGGGCCUUCUUUUCCUCCAUUGUCUGAGUAUGCUCCGCCACCGAAUCCAAACUCUGACCAUCUAGUGGCUGCUAAUCCAUUUGAUGACAACUAUAAUACUAUUUCCUAUAAACCACUACCUUCAUCAAAUCCAUAUCUUGGCCCUGGGUAUCCUGGUUUUGGAGGCUACAGCACAUUCAGAAUGCCACCUCACGUUCCUCCAAGAAUGUCUUCCCCAUACUGUGCUCCUUACUCGCUCAGGAAUCAACCACACCCAUUUCCUCAGAAUCCUCUGGGCCUGGGUUUUAAUCGACCUCACGCUUUUAACUUUGGGCCACAUGAUAAUUCAAAUUUUGGAAAUCCAUCUUAUAAUAAUGCACUAAGUCAGAAUGUUAAUAUGCCAAAUCAGCAUUUUAGACAAAAUCCUGCUGAAAACUUCAACCAGAUUCCUCCACAGAAUGCUGGCCAAGUAUCUAAUCCUGACUUGGCAUCUAACUUUAUCCCUGGAAAUAAUUCAAAUUUUGCUUCUCCAUUAGAAUCUAAUCAUUCUUUUAUUCCUCCCCCAAAUACUUUUGGUCAAGCAAAAGCGCCACCCCCAAAACAAGAUUUUAAUCAAGGAUCAACCAAAAGCACUAAUCAAAAUUCCUCUGCUCAACCACCUCACUUAAAUAUGGAUGACACGGUGAAUCAGAGUAAUAUUGAAUUAAAAAAUGUUAAUCGAAACAGUGCAGUAAAUCAAGAGAAUAGCCGUUCAAGUAGCGCUGAAGCUACAAACAACAGCCAUGCGAAUGGGACACAGAAUAAGCCACGACAACCUAGAGGUGCAACAGACACAUGCACCACUGAAAAAAGCAAUAAAUCCUCUCUUCACCCAAGCCGUCGUGGUCAUUCUUCUUCCGACCCAGUGUAUCCUUGUGGAAUUUGUACGAAUGAAGUGAAUGAUGAUCAGGAUGCCAUCUUAUGUGAAGCCUCCUGUCAGAAAUGGUUUCAUCGGAUCUGCACUGGAAUGACUGAAACAGCUUAUGGCCUGCUAACUGCAGAAGCAUCAGCAGUGUGGGGCUGUGAUACCUGCAUGGCUGAUAAAGAUGUCCAGUUAAUGCGCACUAGAGAAACGUUUGGCCCACCUGCAGUGGGCAGUGAUGCUUAAUCACAGGCAUUAACUAAAGUGGGGGUUUUUCCCUGUGUGUUACAGAGGUUCAUUGACACAGGAUUUUAAUGUUUUACAAUAUUUUUUUUAAAUGCACAUGCAAAAAAGAUGAUUUACCUUUUAGUUUUUAUUAAUAUUCCACUUCAUUACUAGUGCAAAUUUUGUAUUAUCUAAGUUUGCUAUCUAGGAUAAUAUAUAUGGGGGUGCUUUAGAAAGUAUUUUACAAAUAAAUGUUAGUUGUUGUUAAUCAUAAAAGCCUCUUGAAGCUUCAAAAUAAUAUGUAGCAAAUGUAGGCAAGUUUUGACUUAAAAGUUAGAACCAGUGAAAAGUGAACAUUUCAGUGCUGAACUUUGGCGAUAUCACAUUAAACAUUUAGUUCAAAAGUAUUUUUGAGGAUCCAUUUAAUGUGGUGUUUUAAAAAUAUAUUUUUAUUUAUUUCAGAGAGGGAGAAAGAUAGAAACAUCAAUGAUGAGAAAGAAUCAUUGAUCAGCUGCUUUCUGCAUGCCCCCUGCUAGGGAACGAGCCCACAACCUGGGCAUGUGCCCUGGUCAGGAAUCGAACUAGUUCAUAGGUCGAUGCUCAACCACUGAGCCACACCAGCCGGGCAUCCAUGUAAUGUGUUUUCAGAAAAAAUAAUAUGUGUAGCUAUAUUAUGGAAGAGCAUACAUUUAAUGGAUGUUUUUAAAAAUAAUAGCAUAUGACACCUGAUUCCUCCCUAACUAGAGUUCUUGAAACUAGUGACUUUCAUGUUUCAAGUCAGUCUCUUCAGGAUAUGUUUGUACAGAUAUGAGACAUAUGUUAGCAUAUAGAAGAUGCUCAGUAAGUAUUUGUGGAUUAACUUGUAGAUUGUACCACAUGAAACUGCUAUUAUUCGAUCACUUGAAAAUUGACUUCAGUUACUAGAGUUGAUAUAAUGUUUGUUUUUAGUUGUGGCAUUUAGAAUUGUAACAGUAUUAUGCUUUCCUCUCUUCCAUUUUUUUUAAUUACUGGUUGUUACUGUUUUCCAGAGAAAUAAAUAAUAUGGUAUCCUCAGGAGAAUUGUGAAUACUUUUUAACACAUGAUUUCAAACUGAGACAUAUUGCAAAUAAAAGUGGUAGAAACAUAAAUUUGGCAUUAGAGCACUCUGCUGGCGGAAGACAUAUUCAUUGCUUAUUUGAAAAAUCUUGUUCUGGGGAUCUGAAUUCAAAAUGGUGCCUCAAGGGAGAUCAAAAUCCAUUUUAAGCAAAGAUCAAUUAAGAGCCACGGUGAAAGCUAAUUUACAAACAACAAUUCAAGUCCUUGCAAGAGACAGUUUUUGCUAUGACUUGGGAAAGUGUAAAAUGGACCUGAGAGUAUCCUCUUGAAAGAUGAUACAGAAUGGAGAUAGUUGGAGGUCUACUCAUUAAGAUUCAGCAGAAACCCAGUUUUGGAGUGGAACAUAACCUGUGACCAGAAAAAGAAAAAAAGGAUACUGUGACAAUUGAUAGUAAUUUAUACAAUGGUUGGUUGUUGGUGAAGCUCCAAACUUGCGUCAUCACCAAAAAAAUUCUGAAGACCAUAUGGUGACGUGAAAGGAAUACUGAAUUACUACUAUUUAAACCCUGGUGAAAUGACAGCAGCAGCAUAUUGCCAAGAAAUUAAUUUUAGGCCUGAAAAAUCUGAUUUUAAAAUGAUCCUGUGGUUAAUAAACAUGAACCCACACUUUUAUGUGACAGCACUUGACCUCAUGUGUCAAAAGCUACUAAAGCAAAGUUAGCUGAAUUGGGCUAUUCUAUCACAUCCAUCUUAGUCACCAGGCCUUUAUACAAUGAAUUACCAUCUUUUUCAUCAUUUGGAGCUUUUUUAAAGAAAUAACAUAUUUUCCAAUUGAGAAGAAGUAACUGGAGAAUUUGGACAUUUUAAACAGCCUAACAAAUGGUGACUUUUAUAAAAAUGAAAUGUUUAAUAUCCUAUUAGAAGAAAAUUAUUAAUUCUCAUGGUGCAUAUUUUGAUUGAAUAAAAUUUAUUUUUAUAUACAGUAUUUAAAUUUUGACCUAUAAAAACAGCAGUUUCAUAUGGUACAAGGUAAUGUAAGUUUUUCUCCAUUUACCUGUGACUAGUUAGAAGUGAAUACAAAAUAUUUUCAGUAGUUGUAAAAUAACAUAUCUUUACAGUUUUAGGAAAUGAAAUAGACUCUAAUAAUAGGUACUACUUUGUGUGAAAACUUUACCAGUUGAAGCAGUCAAGUUGAAAUGCAGUAUUUUUGGCUGACUCUGAGAUUUGAUGUGUUCAGUAGCAUACUUGAAGAUCCCAGUGUGCUUACACUGUAGCUUUUGUUAGAGAUAGAAAUUUUUCUAAAUAUUUAAGGACUUAAUUAUGUUGUUCUUGAAAUCCUAGUGAGUGCUGAUUUUAAGACAUGAUGCACUGCAUGCUAUAUGCUCAGUACUAGCAUCAGGUCAUGAUUUUCUUUAUGACUGAAUGCAGUUAGAUAGAUAUUUAUAGAACCUUCCAAUGUUUGCAGGAAUUAACACUUACAUGGUAGUACUUGAGUUGUGCUCAUUGCUAAAACUGAUUAUGCAGUCUUAACCCUCUGUUGCUUACAGUUUCAAUAGUUAGUUGUUUUGUAAAAAUGAAACCACCUCUCCCUAGUUAGCCAAAAGGUACUUGAUUUGUAAUGCAAUUAUUUCAUUAUCCAUUUCUAAGUAGUUGUCUUUAAAAUCUUACAAGUGGAUUUUUCUUCAGGUAUUUAGGUCUCCAGAGUACCUUAUUUAAAUAAGGAUCUUUAAUUAUUAAAAAGAAAAACCAGUGGUUGAUUCUGACAGUGAAUCAUAGGCAAACUAUAAUCAUAGCUGAUGAAUGUUUUCAUGUAUUUGCAUUAAUUUUCUUACGAGUUCUACCUUUGUCUCUGCACAAUACUAAGUCAAAAAUUAUCUAGAUACUUUUUGGUAGGAAAAGUGAUGAGCUAUAAGAAUGGCCAGAUAGUAAUUUGUCCAAUUUGACCCAAAGAAGGCUGUUACACAACUUGGUGUGGCUUUUUUAGGACAAGCGAUGAGCUGCCCUAAACAUUUAAAAAUAUUCAGUGACGGAAAGAAAUGUACAUAGGUGAAAUAUUCUUCCUGUAGCAUUGCACAGUUUUGUUGUAAUUAUUUUCCUUCACUUACAGGCCUCAUUACCAUUACACAGGCGCACAUGCACACGCACAUGCGAGCACAUGCGGGCAGGAAAUCUUGGAGGUUCUCCUACAUUCUCGUUUGCCAAAGUUCAACCUGGCUAACCAGCAACAGUUAGGCUCUCCCCCCAAGGCUAGGUUACUGAUAGAAAGUUCUAAAGCAUCAUCAGUUCCUUUCUGAUAAUUUGCUUUGUUAAUUUCACUAGCCUUCCUGUGCACUUGCUUCUAGAUGCUACUGGACUAAUACUGAAACAGCUUAGCUUAUAAAAGAAAAAUAAUUCUUCAGAUAGAGUGCUUAGAAUUUAGAUUUGUGAUCAGUGCUUUCCUUUUGUGUGAAAUAUUUUAGAGUAUUGCUAUUAUGAUUCUUGUUAUCCAAAUUAGGAGUUUAUAUGCAUAUAACUGAAGAUUUUCUUGUAAUAGUGCUUAUUCAUAAAUUAACAGAAUAUAAAGAAAUCCAAUUUGGGUGUGUGUUGGGAUUUUAUUUGUUUUGUUUUAUUUUUUAGACUCUGACUAGUGAUAGGAGAAAAAACUCAGUAGUAUGGGUCAUCAUUAAAUCUGCCAGCUUUAGUCAUCCAAAUAAGUAUUAGGAGUCUUUAUCCAAUAUUCUUUCCAACUUGUUCAUCUUAAACAAAUUAAGAGUGCUAGUACUUAUUGUCCAAUGUACUAUAGUGAUUGUAUUUAGUUGUAAAAAAAAUAUAUAAACAAUGAAAAGGGAGCUCUAAUUAGUUUUUGGGUUUUUUGCAGUGCAUAGCGGUCUCAGAUGCAUGAACAUUUAGGCUAUUUUAGAUUUUUUUAAUUAAAAAUUUUAAAAGUAUUGAGGUUCCCAAAGUUUAUUUGAAAAUAGUGGUUUAGAACUCUCUAUAAGAUAAUUAGAUUCUUAGGGAAGCUCGUAAAGGCUUAUUAAAGCAUGAUGUAGUUAACCAGUAGUACCAUGCUGCGCACUCAGCUUCUUUAGGGAACCAAUCGGUAUAGGUGGGAAAAAGAAGCAGAGGUCUUUCCUUUUUCCUGAUGUGAUUCAGGAAGGUUAAGUUCUUUGAUGUGUUUCCCAGCUGUCCUCUUACUAUCCUACACUCUCUGGUGGGAUGCGAUAGAAGCCACCUUGCCUUUUCCCUUCCUGGAUGCUCUGUGCUUCAGAAUUUCGUAUCUUUCCUCCAAUCAGAAUUCCCAUUUCUUUGUGUGGCUGUGCUUGACUAGAUUUUAAGGAAAAGGUGUUCUCCCAGGAUGUGUGAAUGAAGAUCAUGAAGAAAGUGGAAUUAAAUUUCUUUUUUUUUUUAAGGGUGUUUAUUUGGAAUAAAUCUUUACCUAAUAUCAAAGGUUUCAAACAAAAUGAUCACAUUUCAGGCACCAUAGAAAGCAGUAUUUUUGUCGAAUUGGUGAUACUUUCUUGAGAAUAUUUCCCAAUUUCCUUUAGAUUGUUGGGAUUUAAAAAGUUUCCUUUCUUCUACUUCUCUGAACUCAGAGGUUUUCUUCCCAUUUGUAAAUAUUAGAAUAUCACCUUUUUCUGUAUUCCAUUUAACCAACAGAGCAGUAUGGAAGUCACACCUGCAUUUUUCUGACUCUUGGUACAGUGAUGGGAGUUUAGAGGCACCCUUUGAGUAAAGAGGCUAGGGAUAGCAUUAACAUCUCCCAAGACAAGUCGUCUUAAGGGAAAUGAAGGGAAGAAAGUGGCUAUCUAUAUGCCAGACAUUAAUACAUCAAAAACUGCCUGUAUUUCAUUGAAAAUUUUUCAUCAAUCCCAAUGGAUAAAUUUCAUCUUUGUCAUAGUUUGUCAAAUUACUUGCAAUUAUAUUAAAAUGUAUUCUACAUACCUGUACUUUCUUGUUCUGUAGAUGAUGUAGAUGAUGUUGCCUGUUAGUUAAAAUAUCUUAUAAAAGAAAGUCCUGCUUCUUAUCAUGAUGUAUGUGACUUAAAUGACUGUUUCAUAUUAAAACUAUUUCUUCCUUAUGUACUGUUUACAUAUACCUCUUUUUGGGAUAUUAGUUCAGUACUUUUAUACAAAUCUGAGUGUGUUCCACAUUGGUGACAUGUAUUUUUACAGUAAUUUUUUGUUUUGUUCAUAGAGCAUGUCUAAAGUAACACAUGCACUAGUGCUGUGGUCUGUUGCAAAAUUACUGUAAUUCAAAUUGGAAAAUAAAAUGUUUCCAGACUUUGUCCAACAUUUAUUCCUAUGGCAAAGGAAAUUACUAUGUAAUACUAUUUCUUAUGCUGUUAUGUUUAAGCUACUCUAUGAAGUAUGUGAAACAUCAAUAUUUAUGGAAUAGAUGGCCUGAUAUCUUUGAAAUAGGAGAGAGAGAUAAAAUUUGAUAUUAGCAACUCAUAACACUCAUAAUACAAUAAAUACUUCUUAAAAUUUUUAUCUUACUUUUACAGUUAUAACUUAUUAAAGGGUUGACAGUGCAUAUUAGGAUAUUUUCACCCCAUACCAUUAAAAUUAUAUACUAGUCUGUGAACUGAAUCUGAUAUCUUUCAACCAAAAGAUAUAUCAUUCACUCCACCAUAACCAACAUACUAACCUAAUACUAAUCUUCAUUUAUUAAGAAACUGUAGGCAUACCUCAGAGAGAUUGCAAAUCCCAUUCCAGACCAUACAAUAAAGUGAAUGUCACACUGAAGUGACUCAGGCAAAUUUUUUUGUUUCCCAGUACGUAUAAAAGUUAUGUUGACACUAUACUGUAGUCUACUGAGUGUGCAAUAACGUCUAAAAAAUAAUGUACAUCAAUUAAAAAUGCUUUAUUGUUUGAAAAAUGCUAUCGUCUGAGCCUAUUGGGAAAAUGGGGCCAAUAGACUGGCUCAACACUGAGUUGCCACAAACCUUCAAUUUGUAAAAAUAUGCGGUAUCUAUAAGGCAAUAAAACAAAGCACAAUAAAAGGAGGUAUGCCUGUGUUACCAUGAAACUCCUCUAAUUUACUUAGAAUUUGUAUCCAUUGAUACAAGGACUUUUGAUUGGUGUUUACUUUGGACUAUCUAAUGAAAAGAUUUGUUAGUAGGAGUCAAAAUUUUAAAGAAAAAUGUUUAAUUUUGAAAAAUGUUUAAGCUUUUUAGGUGUAUUUCUUUAUCAAUAUUAGUUUACAAGUACUUUUGUCAUGCAAACAAGUACCCAAACGAAUUACGGUAGGUAAUCCUUGGCCAAUGCAAAUACGUAUAUUUGAAAUUAUAUGCUUGAAAGAAAAAGAAUGCUUGUGAGUGCUUAAACUGCAUAUCUUUAAAAUAUUCAGAUUUUAAAACUUUUAUCCAUUCAAACUAUCCUGAAUUAAUAAGUUUUUACUAUGUCAGUGAUGUAUAUAGCAAGAUAAAUGUCUACCUAUGCUAUGUUAUGAUAUCUCUAUACAUCAUUUUUUUGGCAUGAUUGUUGUGGUAUAUUUUGUACAUUUUAUUGUCAAGUAUUGCUAAUAUUGACAUAGCAAUAAAUCUGAUUCAGUUCUUAGUAUUUUUUUAAAUGCCAGAUGCCAUACUGUAUAAUUCCAUUAUAUUUUACUUGAAUACCCAGUGCUUUCAUGGGUCUAUUUUUUGUGUUAAAAGUUUAGCAUUGCAUGUUAGGAAUUUUUUUUCUGGUGUUUUCACAUGGGUCUGUUUAUAUUUAAAACAUAGGUUUAAAGAAGUAUUAGUAUUAAGUGAUUCAUGAAUUGCUUUGUGGAAAAAUUCAAACUAUGAAGCGACUAGGUUAUUCCCAUAUUGUUUAUUUUCUUUAUGAGGUUAAUGUAUAGGCUACAGUUUUCGGAUAAAUAAAAUUGGCUUGGUAACUGAUAGAAUAUAGCAGUUAAUGGAUAGUUUGAAUGUCUAAGGGCUUCCAAGUAUUAAACCAAAUAAUUCUCAAAUCUCAAUUACUUUUUAAUAAUUACUAUAAAUAGUGGUAAGCCAACUCGUCCUUUUUGUUUUAAAGAUACUUAACCCUUACAAUUUCCUCCUUCUGAUCUCUUUUUCUUCUUAAACACCAUGCAAGAAUUCUACAUUGUAGGGUUUUUGUGUGUGUGUAUUUUAUUGUUUAAAGUAUUACAUGUGGUUCCUUUUUUCCCCCAUCAACCCCUCCCUGACCACUCCCACCCCCCAGGACAAUCCCCCACUGCCCCAGUGUCCCUGUCCAUUGGUUAUGCUUAUAUGCAUGCAUACAAGUCCUUUGGUUGAUCUCUUACUCCCCCCCCCCCCCCACUCCUCCCUCCACUGCCUUCCCUCUGAGGUCUGUUCUGUUUGGUGUUUCUCUGUCUCUGGCUCUAUUUUUGUUCAUCUGUUUAUGUUUACAUUGUAGUUUUUUAUUCUGUAGAUUAGUAAGGUAAGUAGAGGUUUUACUCUCAAAACAGCUCACGUUAUUGUUGGUCAUUCUUUUCAGGGAUCAUGCUAAAUGUCAUUUGUGCAUUGUAUAAAGAAUAUUAUUUAUCCAGUACUUAGACCUAUUAGUAGAAAUUAUGUAUGGCAGGCUUUCUUGAACAAUAUGUAUUGUAAGUUUGUUUCCUACAGUGUUAUGCUUCAGAUUCUUUUAAAUAAAGCUAGUUUUUAAAGAAAA